UACGUAGAAUAUUACAUUUUGCAAGCAAUGUAAACAUUAUCACAAUAUUGCUCUGCUAAUUACAGAUACGCGAGAGUAUGUUGUCUAUGAAAAAAAUGAUAAGUGCUAUUUAAAUUGCUGCUGAUACCAAAAAUUUUCCAGUACUCUAUUAAACUAUCUAAACGGCUUCUGUUUCACCGAAGUACAAAUGUCUACAUCAACAGGUGAUAAAGAAAGCCUAAAAAAUGGCACAGAAGUAUUAAAGGAAGAAUUUGAUCCUACUGAACAUCAACAUAUUCGAUACAAUCCCUUGAAGGGAGAAUGGGUACUAGUGUCACCACACCGAAUGAAACGACCAUGGGGAGGACAAAUCGAAAUAAAUACAGAGGAAGAUCUUCCAGAUUAUGACCCUGAUAAUCCACUUUGUCCAGGCAAUAUUAGAGCUAGUGGACAGAUCACUCCAAUAUAUGAAAAUACAUAUUCAUUUGUCAAUGACUUUCCUGCAUUAUUGGAAUCAGUUCCUAGUCCAUCAAAACCAGAAGAUGAAUUAUUUCAAAUGGAUGCUGCCAGAGGUUCUUGUAAAGUAAUGUGUUUUCAUCCAAAAUCAAAUGUAACAAUAGCACUUAUGAAAAUUUCUGAAAUUAAGGAAGUGGUUAAACGAUGGAUUUUUGAAAUGUUGGAAUUAGGAGAAAAAUGGACUUGGGUACAAAUAUUUGAAAAUCGUGGCGCUUUAAUGGGGUGCAGUAAUGCACACCCUCAUUGUCAAAUUUGGGCCAGCUCUUUCUUACCAAAUGAAGCAAAAAUAAAGGAUAGCUUCCUCAGUGAUUACUAUAAUCGCAAUAAAAAGCCACUUCUUAUAGAUUAUGUGCAAAAAGAGCUUCUUAAAAAGGAGCGAAUUGUAUUGGAAAAUCGAGAUUGGGUAGUUUUAGUACCAUUCUGGGCAAUAUGGCCAUAUGAAACUAUGGUGUUACCUAAGAAACAAAUAUCCAGAAUGCAAGAUUUAACAGAAAGUCAGCAAGAAUCAUUAGCAGUUAUUAUGAAAAGAUUAUGUACAAAAUAUGAUAAUUUAUUCCAUUGUUCUUUUCCCUAUUCUAUGGGCUGGCAUGGUGCGCCAACUGGUCCAUAUGCAAAACAAGAUUAUCCUUACUGGACUUUUCAUGGAAUUUACUUACCUCCUUUGUUGCGUUCAGCAACUAUAAAGAAACAUAUGGUUGGCUAUGAACUUCUUGCACAAGCACAAAGAGACUUAACUCCAGAACAAGCAGCCGAAAAAUUAAGAAAUUUGUCAGAUUUUCAUUAUAAGCAGCCAGAAACAAGUUUAACCACUUGUGAAAUAGAAAAAUAUUCUAAAUGA